AUGUCGACUGAGAGUACAUAUGAUCAUUUCGAUCCAACAGAGCACCUCUUGCCUCAUAUCGUGGACCACUAUGCGGCCUCCAAACCCGACGCGAUAUAUGCCGAAUUCCCACGAUGCUCAAGAGACUAUGACCAGGGCUAUCACAAGAUCACAUACCAAGAGCUAGCCAAGUUGGUCAAUGCCCUCGCCCGGUGGUUGAUUGGAAGCAUCGGGCAUGGAUGCUCGUUCGACGCACUGGCGUACAUCGGUCCUAACGAUGUUCGAUACAUCGCGCUAGCUUUGGCGGCUGCUAAAGCCGGCUAUAUGAUGUUCUUUCCCUCACCGAGGAACAGUGCUACCGCGCAUGCGAAACUCUUGGAUGAGCUGCAGUGCGAAAUUAUGAUAACGCCCACGCCUUGUCCGAGAGCCGCUCACGCCGUUUUGCAAGACAGCGGGCUGCGCGUUUUGAAUGUCCCUGAUGUGGAAGACCUCUUACAGGCAAAUACCGCGCCCGUCCGAUACGAAAGAACACUGUCGCAAGCCUUGAUGGAACCAUUGCUGACUAUCCACACCUCGGGGUCCACGGGACUGCCUAAGCCAGUAACUCUCACUCACGCCUCAGUUCUGGCUGGGAUGAGAAUGUUUGCGUUAAGCCCGCCGAAGGGGCGCAGAGGACAGAAUCAUCUGAUGACCGGAAGGCGUCUGUACUCCAUGCUGCCUCCCUUCCAUGGCGCCUAUCUUGCAUGCCAUUUAAUGAAUGCAGUGCCGUUUGAAACGGUUAUGAUCGCUCCAAUUGCCUCCGGUAUCCCGUCGGCAGCCGGACUGGCUCGGGCAUUGGAGAAGACAAAAGUCGAUGUCGCCAUUCUUGCUCCCUCGAUUAUUGAGGAGUUAGCAAAGGCCCCGGACCUUCUAAAAAUCUGCGCUCAACGGCUGGAGUGUAUACUAUAUGCUGGUGGGGAUCUGCCCCAGCACAUCGGGGAUCAUGUAGCCACGAAGAUACCGCUGUAUAACCAGUUCGGAUCGACAGAGCUCGGCUUGGUGCCAUUAUUAAUGUCCCAGACACCUCGUAGAUCCGGUGACUGGAGCUAUCUAGAGUUCCAUCCUGACCUGGGGCUAGAAAUGCGACCAGUGCUGGGUAAACAAUAUGAGUUAUAUGCAAUUCGAAACACUCGGCUUGAGAGACAGCAGUUGACGUUUACAUACCCUGAGUACACCCGGACUGCCGCAUACCCCACGGGCGACUUGUUUGUACCUCAUCCAAGCGAUCCCUGGCGCUGGAAAUGGGUCGCUCGCAGUGAUGACAUCCUAGUUUUGCUGAAUGGGGAGAAAACUAACCCCCUUUCAACGGAGAAACAGAUCAUGCAACACCCGCAAAUCAGCGGUGCUUUGGUUGUUGGUGUUCAUCGGUUACAGCCGGCUCUAUUACUAGAGGUAAACGCAGAACAAGCUCACUUCGAUCCGAAUGCGUUCACAGAGGAGGUUUGGCCACGCGUUGAAGCGGCUAACAAAGAUUGUCCGGCGCAUGCUCAGAUCGCCAAGUCACACAUCCUCUUCACGGACCCCUCCGCUCCUAUGAGACGAUCGGGGAAGGGCACAAUCCAGCGUGGUGCCACGACAGAGCUGUACGCAGAGGCAAUCAACAGGAUGUAUAACGACGCCGACGCCGUUAGGGGUCCUGUGCUUACUCGGCAGGAAGCACAUGAUUCUCAGCGGGUCUCGUUAUUUAUUCUCAGCGCCAUCAAGCUGAAUACCGGAUGGGAGGGUUUGAGCUUGGGCGACGAUUUCUUCGACCGUGGAAUGGACUCGCUACAAGCAUUGAAUAUUGCACGAGCGUUGAAACACGGUCUCGGUAUCGAGGAAUUGCCGUCGUCUUUGAUUUACCGCCAUCCUAACGUCACUGCUCUUUGUCGAGUCUUGGUACAUCAAAACAACGACGCUGGAGUACGGCCUGAUCCCUCUAGCGAAGGCGACCUACUUUCGAAGCGCAGGGCCACCCUGGAUUUGUACCGAGACAUUAUUGCUCGCAUCCCUUUCCCACCUAGAAACCGACCGACCACCACUGGACAAUGUGUUCUUCUUACACAGGGCACGGGCUCGCUUGGUAUCUAUCUCCUUCAUGAGUUCCUUCAAUCGCCUGCAGUGCAACACGUCUACUGCGUCGUGGGUAUCAGCGGCGGCUGCGCAGCGCAAAGCCAGGAGAUCAGACAGCAUGGUUUGGGAUCUGACCUAGAUUCCCGGCAUGUCACCUUUCUGCAAGCUGAUCUAUCUCAAGAGAGCAUGGGACUUGAAUGCAAUGUCAUACAAGAACUCCGCGAAAAGGUCACCUUGGUUGUUCAUAAUGAGUGGUUCAUCAAUCUGAAUAGGCCCCUGGCCGCUUUCUCCACCCAGCUUCAGGGUUUGGUAAAUCUCAUUCGUUUCUGUUCAUCAACGGUCGCACUUUCGAAGAUGGUUUUCGUGUCCUCAAUCGGUGCAUCUCUAGGGUAUCAAGACCCCAAUCGGGAAGUUCCGGAGCGGGUUAUCGACCUGAACAAACCUGCCAUCAAUGGUUACGCAGAGAGCCGAUACAUCGCUGAGCACCUAUUGCACCAUGCAACUAAAAGACUAGGUAUCUGCACAUCCAUUGCACGCCUGACCUAUGUCCCCGGAUCGACACAGCUCCCAUCGUGCUGGGAUUUCAACGAAUGGCUUCCAAGCCUGAUUGUAGGGUCUUUCCAUCUUGGAGCCCUCCCAGACUCGCUCGGCCCUCGAAUGAGCCAUAUUGACUGGAUCCCAGCCGACCUCCUAUCACCUGUCUUGGCAGAACUCUGCUUGGAUGGUAAGAUCGCAAACGGCGACACGCCCAUUGUUCAUCACCCGGUCAAUCUCCAGCCAUCGAGCUGGGAAUCGAUGCUACCUCUCAUAUUGGAGGAGUGUCACCGAGCAUCCUUCAGCGAUAUCCAAGUGAUACCAUUGCAUCAAUGGCUCGAAUUAGUUCGUAGACAAGAGCAGCUUUUGGCACGAGACCGCCAUGGCCAUGGCCCAGGAAAUGACAUUGGCGACCGACUUGGUCGACUAGCUCACUUCUACCAAACCCUCUUGGGGGGUCAGGAUAAUCCUGCAUUCCCGAAGACCAACGAAACCGCGUGCAGAAGUGCCCUACUGUCUAUGGUCCCUGGAAUACAGGAUGGAUGGGUUCGCAAGUGGAUGAGGGAAUUAAUACUGGCAAGUGGCGGGAUCCUCCAAGGUUGA